UAUCAUAGCACACUCUGCGUUUGCUCACAGCAAUGACCACCACGCACUACACGGCGGAGCAUAUCCCUGCCACCGUCGACUCGGUGGUUUCUUCACCGCGCUCCGAUCAUCCGUCGGUAGACAACAGCCGCGUAUACGAUGAUACCACCGCACAAGCACGUGUCCGGUUCAUGUGCAGUUUUGGGGGAAAGAUAUUACCCCGUCCUCAUGACAACCAGCUCCGGUAUGUUGGUGGCGACACCCGCAUGGUCACCGUUCUCCGCCACAACACCACCUUCUCCUCCCUACUCAACAAACUAUCCAAACUUUCCGGUACAACUGACAUAAGCGUAAAAUACCAACUACCAAACGAAGACCUAGACGCGUUAAUCUCCGUCACAGGUGAUGAAGAUGUGGAAAACAUGAUGGACGAAUACGACCGGCUGGCUCACAAUCAAAAAACGUCUCGGCUCAGAAUCUUCCUUUUUCCAACCGACGCCUCACUCUCUCGAGCCAGUAGCAUCAGCUCACUCCUUGACGGCUCAGUUAAACGUGAACACUGGUUUCUUGACGCCCUUAACGGCGGCUCAGCCUUGGAACGUGGCAGAUCCGAAGUCUCAUCUAUUAUUUCAGAAGUACCCGAUUAUCUAUUCGGGUUAGACCACCCGGAUGACCCGAAAUCCAAAACCAAAACAUUAGUUAAUGAUAAUGUAUCCGUUUCUGAUCCCGGGUCACCCGCUCCACGGUUUUCUUCCCCUUAUUGCUCCACUUCGUCGUCACUAGGGCCCACGGUUGCUCCACCGGUCCCAAACCUUCGACCUGUGAGAACCAAACUUGAUAAUACAGGUCCGCAAGGUCCUAUGGGCCCGGUUGUCAGUGAAGUGAAAGAAACAGCUACCGGACAGUUUGUCGAAGGUAAUGACCCGAUAAUUUUAAAGCAAACAGAUUAUGCGGGUCAACCGGUUUAUUAUAUACGUCAGACUAACUCACCAGCCCCGACCCCAACCCCAAUUUCUGAAAUGCCGAUGUAUUAUAUGCAUCCACCAAGUCCGAUGGGUCAGGAAAAUGUUCAGGCUCGGGCUCAAUAUGGUCAGCAGUUUAUGGGGCCUUCGGGUCAGUUUCUCCACCCGAAUAUGGGUCAAAUGUAUCCGGGAAUGAGACCUAUAUCGGGCGGGGAGUCGUAUGAUAUGUCGGGUAGAAGCGGUGGCGCGCCGAGUCAACCCGUUUAUUAUGGAGCAAGAUAUGUUCCGGGUUAUCCGGGUAUGGUUUUACCGGGUUCGGAAGAAAUGAAGCAACCUGGAUCCGCUGGAAAUAUGAGUCGGACCGGAUCCACUGGAAAUAUGAGUCGGGCUCCCCAAUGAUGUUGAAUAAAUGGGCUUUCUUAAGUGGGCUACUAAGGCCAUUGUUUGAUAUAUUUAUAUAUUUGUUGUUUAAUUUUUUUCUUCGUCGACUUUGACUAGGUCAAAGUUCAUGAAAUUGUUUGCAUCAUGGACUAUAAUAUAUAUUCGAUUGUGUAUUGUAAAA